AACUCUUGAUCCAGAUUCCGUCUUUUAUGUUUAUUCUCUUAUAGUGUCUUUCAUGUUUCGUAUGGAAUAUUGGAAGCAGAAGGUUCUUCAACCUUUUGUUUAUGUUCCCUGAUAGAAUCAGAAUUGCUUCUAACUGAAAAAAACUAUCAAAGUUCUCUUCAGAUCUCUCAGUUGAUUUCUUCUCCGGUUGGGAAAUAGCUAUGGGUGAUUGCAAAACCAACCACUUCUUGAAGGACUUCUAUAUCCCCAAUUACAUUCUUGGACCCGAUUUAGAGGUUGAGAAUGUCUCAUACACCCCUGCCUGUCCGGUCUUGGUAUUCAUAAACUCCAAAAGUGGUGGUCAGCUGGGUGGGGCUCUGCUUGAAUCUUAUCGUAGCCUUCUCAACAGAAAUCAGGUUUUCGAUUUGAGCGAAGAAGCUCCUGACAAGGUUCUGAACAAAAUAUAUAUCACAUUAGAAAGACUAAAGCUCAGUGGAUAUGGUUUUGCUUCUGAAAUUCAGAAAAGGUUGAGACUAAUAGUUGCAGGUGGAGAUGGUACAGCUAGUUGGUUGCUUGGAGUAGUUUGCGAUCUCAAACUAUCUCAGCCACCUCCAAUUGCUACUGUGCCACUGGGAACUGGAAACAACCUCCCAUUUUCAUUUGGCUGGGGAAAAAGGAACCCUGGCACAGAUGAGGAGUCUGUGAAAUUGUUUUUGAAACAAGUAAUGGAAGCAAAAGAAAUGAAAAUAGAUAGCUGGCAUAUUAUCAUGAGGAUGAGAGCCCCUAAAGAAGGUGCCUGUGAUCCCAUUCCACCUUUGGAAUUACCACAUUCAUUGCAUGCAUUUCAUCGUGUCUCUCAAACAGACUCGCUGAACAUGGAAGGCUACCACACAUUUCGUGGAGGAUUUUGGAACUACUUUAGCAUGGGAAUGGAUGCCCAAGUAUCGUAUGCAUUUCAUUCUGAGCGGAAGUUGCAUCCAGAAAAAUUUAAAAAUCAGCUAGUUAAUCAGAGCACUUAUGCAAAGCUUGGAUGCACACAAGGAUGGUUUUGUGCUUCCCUUUUUCAUCCUUCUUCACGGAACAUAGCACAGCUUGCAAAGGUUAAGAUCAUGAAGAAACAUGGUCACUGGCAAGAUCUUAAUAUACCUCGCAGCAUCAGGUCAAUUGUUUGUCUAAACUUGCCUAGCUUUUCUGGUGGACUAAAUCCAUGGGGAACACCAAAUAUGAAGAAAGUGUGGGAUAGAGACCUGACACCACCAUAUGUAGAUGAUGGCCUUCUUGAGGUUGUUGGUUUUAGAGAUGCUUGGCAUGGGCUUGUUUUACUUCAUCCAAAAGGACACGGCACUCGUCUUGCCCAGGCACAUCGAAUCCGUUUCGAAUUUCACAGGGGUGCUGCUGAGUGUACAUAUAUGAGGAUUGAUGGGGAACCAUGGAAACAACCCCUCCCUGUUGAUGAUGACACUGUUGUAGUUGAAAUCUCCCACCUCGGUCAAGUAAACAUGCUUGCCACUCUAGGCUGCAGAUCCAAAAGUGUCCACGACCCACUGGUACCUAGCAGCCCUCAUGGUGAAGAGGAGGAUAGUGAAGAAGAGUCUGAUGAAGACUGGGAAGAGCGUAGGAAGUUUGGAGCAGCAGAUACAUUCAAAAUUCCUGAUGGGAUUGACAUUACUCAUCUCAGUUAAGCUUGACAAAAUAUUCAUCAUUCUCUCUCAAGUAACUGUCAUUGUUUCCUAGCAAUUGAGGUAAAGUGCCCUCUUCUAUUUGUUAAUGAAUCUAAUUUGCCAGUAAUAAAUUAUCAUCAUCUUUAGGCAGUAAAUUGUUCAAAUUCUUUUUUUUUUUUUUGUCUAAUUGGCAUUUUACCUUGUGUCCAUUACGACAGAGAUCUACAUUCUAACUGUUUUCUUAACUUAAAAAGUCCAGACUUAAUAUAUUGUCCGUGUCUAACGUCUAUAUAUAUUCUGACAGAAAAAGGCAUUAAAAUAAUCAACGAAUCUCCC